AUGGAUCUCCCGCCGCCGUCAGUCUUGACUCAAUUGCCUCGACCGCUCCAAGCUUCCACCGGGAAAACCCAAGUCGGUGAAGUUUAUAGCCUCGUCGAGUCUAAGAAGCGAAAGAGAUACGAGAUUGCUGUUGCUGUCGACGGCGAAGGCCUCAACAUCUACAACGUGCAAUAUCCCAAACUUGUCACGUCGUAUGCCGUCCCUCCCCAAUCCGAGUUUUCCUGUUGUCCAAUCUCUAUCCGGUUGAGGGACAAGGAAUCCUCAGCGGUUAAAAGAUAUAGCUAUUGCGCUGUUGGACGACCACAGAAUCAGAUCAAAGGCUUUUUCGAAGAAAUUAUCUCAGGUUCAACCGCCGCGCCGGCUAUAAAGUCAGCCUCAUAUGAUUUGAAGGGCUCACGGAGUCCCGCCAUAUUUGUGGGUAUUGUUCCCGGAUCUUCGGGCGACAAUAGCUCUUCGAAAGACGCAUUCGAUGUGCUCGUAGUGCACAGAGAUGGAUCGGUACGCAGACUUACAUCUGAUUUGGAAACUGAGAUAUGGAAGGUGCAACCAUCUGGACUUGAUCAGGGAAUCGCUGCUGCCUUUCUUGUCGACCAUGACGAUGCUAGGCGGACAUUGUUCAGAAGAAGACCUGAUCUUGCGGCGUUAGCUAUUGGAGACGUUUCAAUUUCUCCCAACAACAUUCCGCCAGUUCUUUUGCUCGUCUCCCAGCCGAGUAACUCGCAAGCUGCCAAGAUCCAUAUGUUUUCAGUGGCGUCUAAUGAGUUACAACAAGUUGAAAUUGUGGAACUACCUAACCUCGAUGGAACUAAGCCAGACGUUAAGGAGAUACAGUGGACUUUCCACUCUGGGUCUGCAGGACUGGGCUUGUCAUUCCGGCAAGGAUAUGUCAACUACGACCUGUCCCAAUAUCCGCCAUCGUGCACAUCGAGUCUGAUUCUUGCGGAUGAAGAGUUCUCUUCUAUAAUGCGCAUCUCACCAAACUCUGUGAUUGGUGCUGGGAAGUCACUCAUUGCUUUGUAUGACACGCACUACUCAUCCAUUCAGCGAAGUAUCUCCAUACGGGAACUAUCGGCCAACAAGUCGCUCGGAAAGUACGAUUCCAAGACGAUCACGAAGUUUGUAGGCUAUUUUGCCAAGUUAGGGAUAGCGCUCGCUAUCAAGGAAAACACGCUUCAAGCCUUUGACUUGUCAUCGACACACUCUAUCCGAGGAACAUCCAUCAAACGUCAGCGUGACGGCUUACUCAUCGAUGCCAUUGGGCGUGGUGUUAACACAUCGGCUGCAGCCGUCAAUGACCCGUCUGUAUCUCUGGGUCUCAAAUCAACACAAGAAGUUCACAAAUGGAAUGCGUUCAAGAACGAGCUAGAAGAGGCAACCAAGGCAAAGGAUGCGGUUUCCUUCGAUAAAGCUGUUGGGGGUUAUUUUGGUCCCUCAGUGGAAAAUCAAUUCUUAACAGCAGCUCACCCGGAACAAAUCUCGUUUGUUUUAUCUCAGAUUUUCACUGUACGACAAAGGGAUGCUUUGCCGACACUGGAGAUUGGCAUUUGGCCCGAAAAGACUUGCAAAUGGCUACUGAAAAUGGGACAUUUGUCUGCGAAUCACAUACACAUUGCGGUUCGUCGAGCCAAUAAACCCCAGGUACUUCCGCCGUUCGAGCCGGGUACGUUGGUUCGCUCUCUUGCAGAGUUCGAUAAGUCACUCAAAGCUCUCACCCUCAUUUUGACGGGGCCAGUUUCACUUGAUCCAGAGGAACUUGUGCAGGCUUUGAAGAUCUUCCUCAACGAGGCUCGGGCACGUUCAAUGGCACUCGACCAAUCAGCAACAAUGACCAUAACGGGGAUCCCAGACGGCGAGAUGAACACAGAUGAAACUCAGCAAGGAGUUGCUCCUCCAUCUUCCACCGAAGCUUCAUUAGAAGAUGCAUUCAUUGGCCUCAAUCUGACCCUGUCCCGCUUACACGACUACCCAACCAACCAGAUCGUUUCCUGCUUGCGCUCAACGCUCUCCAACACAGACACGCUCGCAAUCGUCCACCAUCUCCGCGUCUCUCUCGCAACUGGCGGAUACACAGCACGCUUCACCGAAGAACCACCCCUUCCUCUCGAAGCCAUCAAAGCCGCACCUCCACUAUCUCUCAAAGCAAUUAUUGACCUCAUGAAUGCCAGCGUGGACGCAAUCGGACCAUCAGGCUGGAUCUCCGCCGUAGAAUUCGCAGGUGCAGCCGUCAACGAAGCUGAAAUGAUUUCACACAUGCAAUCCGAAAUUUCGGCUGCAUUAGCCGGUAUCGAGGAAGCAGCUUAUAUGAAGGGCAUCGUAGGUGAAUUCAUUCGCUAUGGUGCUCGAGUCGCCAAAUCUUCCUCCACGUCCACCACCACCCCAGCUACAACAGCAACUAUCACAAUGGGCGCCGAAGAUAUCAACGGCGAAUACACCGAAAUCACCAACAACGGUACCCGAGCCCGCAUCAACCGCGAAUACGACACCUACGGCAAACUCUGGGAAACAUACACAUUCCCCAAAGCAGGCGAAGAAGAUGGGAAAAUGCUUCCCCUGUCCCUCGACACGCCUGAUUCGGAGGUUAGUAGGACCAAGAUUCAGAAGUCGACGGGUGAGAUUAAGCAGAGGACCAAGCGUGAGAUUGCAUAUUUGCAGAGACAAGCUGUGCCGGAUUAUUCUGUUGUUAAGAUUCAUUUUUAA